CUCAUCUCCCUCCAGAUUUGCUGAAGCCUCACUGGUGGUGUGACUUUGAAAACCACUAUAUUACUCAGUUCUGUUUUCUUUAGGCGUGAAGCUUUUGUUUAUUAUUGUUGCCAAGUCUUUACCAGUCACGAUAAAGAUGAUAUGGUAUCUUAAAGCUGUUGUUAGAUAUCAAAUCUAAUCUGACCCAAGUUUCGGUGAAGGGACCCGCCUUCCCAAACACCCUGGAAACAAACACCACUAUCUGUACAAAUAUGUGUGCUUGUUUUUCAAUCAAGACGUCUGAAUCAUACUGAAGAGAUAUUUAUGACCCACACCUAGAUUUUUGCAGAUAACCAAACAAUAUAAGUUAUGGCCAUUUGUUGAGUUGUCCACAUUCUGACCACUGGAGUAGUUUGCUGCAGCUUUAAGAUUGCUCGUAUUUCCGCAAGAAUGAAGGCUGCUUACAAGUGUCUGCUUUUCCACUGCAUUUUGCUGUCUGUCAUUUUUUUGUGCCAUGGAAAAGACCAGUACUUCAGUGACAAUGCAAACCCAAUACUCCCGGGGUCCUACAAUAUUCCAUGGAUGGCAGGCAUCGAGGAUUUCCACACCCUCUCUCUUGUUACCAUCCCUGGUACUCAUGCCAGCAUGGCCCUGCAUGGAGGUCCAGAGGCUGAACACCAGGCCAUGUCCCUGAAAAAUCAGCUCAGGGCCGGCAUUCGUUUCCUGGAUAUCAAAGUGUUCGGACUGGGUGACACCCUCUAUAUCAUGGAUGGGGUAGCAUACCAGCACAGCACUCUGAAAGACGUCCUAGACACUGUCAGAGCCUUCCUGUCAGAGUUCAAGACUGAGGCUGUGCUCAUAAGAGUGGAACCAGAGUCUUUUGAGAAGAAAACUGUCAAUGAAAUGGUGCAGAGUCUGAUUGGCAAUGACCAAAAUGUCUGGGUGCAAUCUGGAAUGCCAACUAUGGGUCAGGUCAGGGGGAAAAUUGUGUUUUUGCAGAGGAGCACCUUCACACUUGGAAUCCCCCUCAUAGAAACAGAUGGGAAAGGCUCCUCCAAGGUUAGCAACGUUAAAGAUAAAGACAACAAAAUAAUGCAUCAGCUGAACCAAGCCAUUGUAGCUUAUGGAGGGGACAAUGCUGUUUUGACCUACACUAGCGGCACUGGCCUUGGUACUUUCUGGGGAAUGUUACUGACUCCAAAAAGAGUAGCUGAAAAGGUAAACCCAUGGGUCAAUCAAUACCUGAGACAGUUCUACCCUAAUCAGCCCAGACCAUGCUUUGGUAUCAUUGCCAUGGACUUUCCUGGCAUUGAUCUCAUUCAAACUAUCAUCAAUUUAAACUGGUGGUAAAGGUAUGGCAAGGAGAACCACCAUGUGCUGGAGAGGUUUGAAUCUAAUGUAGUGUAUAGACUGUGGUGUCUGGAAAUCAAAAAUUUAAUCUGAAAACUGAUCUCUGAUAUCUGAUACUCUUGUUGUCUUUGUGAGUCCUUUCCUGAACUGUGUCAUUCAGGAACAAUGACAGUAACAUGUUGUGACCAUAAUUAUGAAAAAAUAAAUUUCAUAUCAUUU